CCCCAGGCUGUUGUUUUCCACGUGUCCAAGGGCCCCUUCCUCGAGGAGUUCCUACAGUGUGUCACCUACGGCUUCUACACAGCGUUAUGGCAGGAACAGCUGUACACGACAUUCAGUCUCGUGUGCAUGUUCGUUCUGCCGUUGUUCAUUCUCACUGUGACUUAUGCGUCGACGUUCAUCACUUUGCAAAAGAGCGAGCGCAUCUUCCGCAACGAGAGGACGACCUUAGGCAACACCUGCCCCGAGUUCAACCGAAGACGACUCCUGAGGAAGGCGAAGAUGAGGGCGCUGAGGAUCUCCGUGGUCAUCGUCCUCGCCUUCAUCAUCUGCUGGACGCCUUACUACACCACGAUGGUCAUCUUCAUGUUCAUGGACCCGACAGAACACUUAUCCCGAGAGCUCCAGUCAGGCAUCUUCUUCUUCGGGAUGUCCAACAGCCUCAUCAACCCGAUCAUUUACGGUGCUUUCCACCUCUGCCGUUGCAAGAAUAGACGGGCGUCGUUUAAUCUCAUCAUUAUAAACAGAAAUGGGUCAAACCUCCAAUACCAGACAAGUGGAAAGAACAUCACUCCAUCCACAACGUGUAGGACCUCCGCCACGGACGCCGUCACCUCCGUCGUCAACGUCUUCGAGGAUGGGGUCCGCUACUCGUUCCGGCGGCAUUCUAACCGCCAGAGGUCUAUCAACUCUGGCAGGAGAGGCUCCUUCGUAUCUUCGGGCGGCGAUGGGCCCUCGAGGAUGCCCAUGAACUACGACCGCCUCCCGAAGGGCCCCGCGAGGCAACGCCAGAGUCCCAAGUCGUUCCUGAGCUACGUGCCGAAGGACAGCAUGAAUGCCCUCACCAAAUGCGUGGCGGAGGAGCAGGAGGAGGCCCAGCAGGAGUGCGAGUGGGACGACUGGCGGAGCCACGGGGACCGAAGGAGCGCCGCCAGCAACGGCGGGAUGAAUUCCGUCCACUCGUGGCCGCAGCCGAGCACCAGGCUCCUCCAACCUGAGGUCGUCAAGGACCCUAGGAGGCUUGGUGCCAGCCAGGAGUGCCCGUGCAACAGCCACACCGCUCUAGGUGACACCCAGCGUCAGUCUGACACCAUGCUGUAGUGUCAAAAGCUCAGUAGACUCAUUUCCGUAAUGGCAUUGCAUGUCAAGAUCGCGGCCAUUGUGCUGUAACAUUCCAUAGAACCUAUGAUGCCCGGUGUCACGCUCAAUAUCAUCAUGAUUAAAAAUGCCUCGCUCACUACCGUCGCCAUGCAGGGGGCGCGCUCACAGGCGUCAUGGUGUGUCGCUGUCAGUCACCACAGUGCAUAGUGCCGCUCUCGCUAAGAUCAAGGUGCAAAAAGAUCCUCUCACGGACGGCAAAAUAAAUGGACCGUAUGCAAAACACAUUGAUGAAAUGCAUAGUGUCAAGAGUGUAAAUAUUGCAGUUGGUUAUACAUUGCUAUACGCAACCAAUAUGCAUCACGAAAAUAGCCCGAUUUGUGGCACCUUAUUAACAAAGACAAUGAUUCACAGUCUAAGGUUUCGCAAGUAAUCACUCGGUGUCAUCAGAUGAAGUACCAGUGCCAAAAUCACUGACUGGGACCAAAGCUGUCUAAUUUUAAUAAGAAUACCGUGUUUCUGUCAUAAAUAUAUUCACAUGUGCAAUGUAACUUUGUUUAUAUAUGGUACUGGAAACAUCAAAUACAAUGGGAUGCUAAGAAUACAGUGAUAGGUGUGUGGAUGUUUAGAUACUGAAAUCAGCAACACCAUAGGCCACGGUUGAUGCCCGCGAGAGUGUCAGGGCAUCAGCUCGGCAGUGCCAUGUUGUCCAUCGACGUAUUUUUGUGUCAUACUAUGUUAUGCUCUGUAACAGUGUCAUCAAUGUAAACUACUGAGAAUAAACUUUA